CGUGGCUGACAGAUUGAAAUUGAUAUAUUUUAUAAAAACCGAACCGAGUCAUGUAUUGCAGAUUUUCUGAAUUCAAUACUAUAAAUUGGUAAUUACACGUUAUAUUACUGAAAUUUAAUCAGAUUCCUAUCGUUUUAGUGAAAAUGGGCCUCUGUAAAUGUCCGAAAAGGAAGGUAACGAACCAGUUUUGUUUUGAACACAGAGUGAAUGUUUGCGAAAAUUGUAUGGUAACAAACCAUCCAAAGUGCAUUAUACAGUCUUAUCUGCAGUGGCUUCAAGAUAGUGAUUAUAAUCCCAUUUGCGAAAUAUGCACAAAAAGUUUAUCCGAGGGGGAGUGCAUACGGCUAACUUGCUAUCAUGUAUUUCAUUGGGAAUGCGCGGAAUCUCGUUACCGUGCAUUACCCCGCACAACAGCCCCAGCAGGCUACCAGUGCCCAUCUUGUGCUACUCCAGUAUUUCCUCCUCCCAACUUAGUGUCCCCCGUAGCUGAUGUACUCCGAGAAAAGCUUGCAGGUGUCAACUGGGCAAGAGCAGGUCUUGGCUUACCAUUGCUUUCAGAUGACCAAGACAUGAAAGGUGCUGCAAGUAGACGCAGUCAAUCUCCAUUAGAAAAAUUCCAAUAUUCUAACAAUAUAAUGGAUAGCCAUCGCGGUACUCCUGUCGGGGCGAGUGACGAUGAAUCAACGAACCGCUCUGCAACGAGCUCACCACAUUCCAUAAUUCAAAUUCCAGAUGAACCGGUUAAUAUAUAUGAUGGUACAUCUAAAAGAAAUGAUAUCUUGCAAGGCGGUCAAGCACCAAGAAAAGGUUUCAAAUUACUUGACAACACAAGUGUAAUACCGAACUUCGAUCAUGAUGAAAAUAAAUAUAAACAAAAAUCAACAUUUGCGUGGGUCAACAGAUGGUGGAAGAAUACACUUCCCUCUUCUCGCAUACGAAGAGCUGGUGGUCUGUACAGGCGCUACUGGAUCAUGCUGUUUGUUUUGAUAGUGGUUAUUGUCAUUUUGGUCCUGCUUAGCCACCGAGAUGUUGAUGACGAAAACCCAUUUGGAGUUAUCCAUGAAGACGGACAUAGAAUAUUGCAGAAAAAUUAAUCUCUUAUUUAUUAUUAUUUAUA